AUGGAUAAGUUCCGUAUGAUCUUUCAGUUCCUCCAGUCCAACCAGGAAUCAUUCAUGAAUGGCAUAUGUGGCAUCAUGGCUCUUGCCAGUGCACAGAUGUACGUGGCUUUUGACUUCAACUGCCCAUGUCUUCCAGGUUAUAACCUGGCCUAUGGGAUGGGUAUCCUGUUUGUGCCACCCCUGGUCUUGUUUCUACUGGGCUUUGUGAUGAAUAACAAUGUCUCCAUGUUGGCUGAAGAGUGGAAAAGACCCACAGGGAAGCGGCAGAAAGACCCAGCUGUCCUGCGGUACAUGUUCUGCUCCAUGGCACAGCGGGCUAUGAUUGCUCCUGCUGUUUGGAUUUCAGUCACACUGUUGCAUGGAGAGUGCUUUAUAUGUGCCUUCAGCACCUCUGUGCCUGUAGAUAAGUUGGGGAACCAGAGCUAUACCCAACUAUCUGAGAAGGAACUGAGGAGAAUUCUGGCCCGGAUUCCCUGCACAGACAUCUACAAGGGGCAGGAACUUAUUGCCAAAGAGGUGGCAACCAGGUAUCUGCGCUGUAUAUCACAGGUAAGCAAAAAGUGAUUGCAGGAUUUGCUUAAGCUAAUUUGGUGUAGAGAAUGGGAGAGACCCCUUAUAAAGCUGGCAGGCUUUUUAUAUGACUUAUCAUGCUAUCAUUUCCUAUACACUGCAAGCACUCUGAGCAUUUUUCAGCAUUCUGCAGUUCUUUAUUACUGGUAAGAAACACAACACUUUUCCUCCUUCUCUUGAGGUCCCACUUCAUAGAAAACAUGUUUAAAAUGUGAUGUAAUGGAUAUACUCCUCAUGCUACAAUUGCAGUUUAUUCUUUUUACAGCAUAAAUUGUGGGCCUUAAUCACAGGUAAGUGUGCACACAUUUGGAGCUGCAAUGUGUGCUAGUUCCACAUUCAAAGAGUGGGCUUAUGUAGGGUGCAUCCUGCAAAACAGAGUGCUUGAUUCCUUACUGUAAUAAUUCCAUGCAUCGUUUUUUGUAAGAAGUAUGGAUUAUAGAAGGAAGUGAGAGAAGAAGGGAUGAAUUCCUAUGAUUAAACUUCCCCUGCUUCCAAAUAUUCCAUUUGCAAUGCAAAUACAGACAAAUAUAUCCAGUGAUCCCAACCUAAAACAGGCAGGUCAAUACAGUCCUUUCCUGUUGUUUACUGUGUUCAGUCUGCAUUUGUUCUCUGCAUCUUAAAUAGGAUGCAAAUUCCCUCUAGGUUUUCACCUGGGAACAACGUCAAAGUCAUUUUAAAAAUCUUAUUUGAUCACUUGUGUUCUCACCAAUCUGAUGCUGCCACUGUUCUGUUUCCCCUUGGCAUUGCUCGGCAAUGUUAGCCCUUCCUCUGCUGUGUAUUAGUUGGAUAACCACUGCUUUUCUUAGCAUUGAACAUUAAGAAUGUAUUGGAAUAAAUAUUCAGAUCUUUCUUUAAUCAGAGCUUUCUUUAAUCAAGCAAUAUUUGUUGCACUGUUGCGGUUUUUAAAUUUGGCAUUAUAGAUAAUCAAUUCAUUCUAUUAAAAAACCCAAUUCUAAAUACUUUUGUAUUUGAAUGGUUCUACUUAGUAUUAGUGAAAUGGCAUGCCAGUUUCAGCAUGAGACAAAAAUGUGCUCCUUUAAAAAAAUAAUGAAAGCCAAGAGGAAAAAUACUGGAUUUAGGAGUGGGGAAAUAAUUUGUUUAUGCAAUACAUUUUAGAAAAUUUUUAUCCAGACAGGCCAAAGUCAUAGGUAACUGCUGCAAUAUAAGAGAUGCUGUGUUGUGGUUUAGGGAUAGAGAACCUGUGGACCUCUAGAUGUUGUUGGACCAUGACUCUCAUUAUCCCUAACUACUGGCCAUGUUGGGCUGAUGGGAGUUGUGGCAAACAACAUCAGGAAGGUUACAGAUUCCUUAUUCCUGGUGUAGUUGCUCCCCAACACAUCCCUGUUAAAAUGGAUUGAAUUGUGUUCUGGUUGAGGAAAACUAAAAGAUUUGGUCUAGAUUUUGGUUCAGGUUCCAUUUGAUCCCCCAACUUCAAGAGCUUCAAAUACAACAGCAUAGGGCUUUCAUUGGAUUCAUAUCUGGCAAACAAAUAUGGAAACAUCACUGCCAUUGUACAAUGAGGUAGAUUGUGAUGUUAGUUCACACAACUGGAUCAUCUACUCAUUGAUGGAUGAGACAUGAGCCUAGCAGCCCCACAAUCUUUUGAGGUUGCUAGUCCCAAGAUCCACAGAUUCUGGAAGACCACUGAUAAUCAUGACUGCAAUUGUGUACUGCAUAGAUUUCUCUAUCCCACUCCCACAACCACCUCCCUAAUAAUAGUAUGAUGUUUGGUUUUCCCGUUCAGGCAAUGGGCUGGACCUUUGUGCUGUUGAUGACCUUGUUGGCAUUCCUUGUUCGUUCCUUACGUCCCUGCUUUACUCAAGCCGCAUUCCUGAAGAGCAAGUAUUGGUCUCACUAUAUCGACAUCGAACGCAAGCUCUUUGAUGAGACCUGCACGGAACACGCUAAAAGCUUUGCCAAGGUUUGCAUCCAGCAGUUUUUUGAGGGCACGAAUAAGGACCUAAGCAUGGGUCAUGCAACCUUUGUGGAAAAGACACCUUCCGAAACAGGAGAAGAGAAGGAAAAAUUGCUGGGCAUCAUGGAUCAAGGGACCAUGAACAAAAUUCUGAAGAACUGGCACAAAUGUAAGCCCCCUUUGUGCCUCAGCCAAGAGGUGAUCCAGAAUGGGAAUUGUUGGGCAGGAGAAAUCGCACACCCUCAGCCGCCUAAAAGAGAGUAUGCUACCUAUUACAGCAAAGUCUGA